UUUCUCUCCAGCCUUCAAGUGUAGUACAUCAAAAAAAAUGACCAAGCGAACAAAGAAGGUCGGUGUCACCGGUAAAUACGGUACCCGUUACGGUGCCUCCCUCAGGAAGACCGUCAAGAAGAUGGAAAUCACCCAGCACGCUCGAUACUCUUGCCCUAACUGUGGCAAGAUCGCCGUCAAGCGAACCAACGUUGGUAUCUGGGCUUGCAAAGCCUGCAACAAGUCUUACGCCGGUGGUGCCUACACCUUCGGUACCCCUUCUGCCGCUACCGUCCGAUCUACCAUUAGGCGAUUGAGGGAGGUUGCUGAGGUUUAAGGGAUGGUCGAGAUGUAUUGCAUAGCCGAUUAGCAAUGAUCAACUUUUCUUCGGAUGGUUUCAGCUUCGACAGUGGUUGUGUACGGAUCAUUCGCGCUAAUUAUUAUCAUUUGUCGAGCAGCGGUCUUCACGUGGCACAGUCUAAAUACAUCGAAUUGUUCCGGCAACUACUCGCUACAAAUGCCACAUGUUUUCUCCUUGCCACAUCUGCUCCUCAAUCGACGGCAUAGCGGCUGGCUCGGCGGAGGCGGAUCCAGUUCCCGUAAGGCUGCUUGCUGUCUCGCCAUUCGACACGACAUUCAUGGAAACAUUAUGGGCCCUCGAUUGAAAUCGGCUAUCGAGUCGUGGAUCGCCCUGCUGACUGUCUGCGUAAAUAUUUUCAAGUUCCUCAGCAUUGUCCCACGUGGCAGGGAACGUGAUUGCGUAUUGCUUCAGCCCGACUACACAGGCCAGACAUUCCCCCCGUCCGCGUUGGGCUAAAUGUAGGCCCGCUUCAUAUAUUGGAUGGUGGAUACUGAGCCUAAUAACGAUUUUUUUUAAUCAAUGGUCGCCCUGUAAUUAAUGAUGAGGUUGAAAGAAUGGACUCACGGAUCUAGACUCAAAUAUUCAUUCUCUGCCAAUACAGCAACCAGCGCCGCGAUCCUCAAUGCCGCAUGUUCACUCUCUUCCUUUAUCCUCCUCUUCACACUUUCCACUUCAACCCCUAUCCCCAUCCCUACACCUCCCAUUUCCAUCGCGCCUUUCCUCUCUUCCUCAACCCCCGACUCUUCUAGCGCGCGAUAAAGCACAAGCCACAGAGCAUGAUGCGAAACGUCUGCCGAACAUGCCGCAAUAGCUUGGAGAAAAUCCCAGCUUUCGGGCCAAACGGGUGGGACGCCCAAUUUUGAAAGGUAGUUUGUCCGCCAGACAGAGGCAGAGUGGAUGAAUGUGCGGAGGAGGGAUAAUGGGAUACCGGAAGUUUGGAGAUGGGGAGAGCAAAGGCGGAGGGAGAGGGCGCGACACAUGGAGGCGGCGGAUUGGGCGGCGGAGAACCAUAGCUUCAAGUGACGAGGGGGGACGGUUGCACUUAGCAUUGCGGGAUUAGGAUAGUUGGAGAUGUACUUACGAUUGCUUGGUUUGGCUCAGAAAGGCUUACUGGGGUAAAGUUUAAGAGAUUUGCCGUAUUCCCAGGAGGUUCGAGAUCAUAGUCAUCGUCUAAUCUUGUUAUGAUACGUGAU